GGCAAGCAAGCAAAGCAGGCAGGCAGGCAAGCAAGCACGCAGACUUGGAGAGAGCAGAGAGCAGAGAGAAAGAGGAAAGAGCUGGUGACCACUGGACGAAGACGACUUCACCCACACCUUCCGUAUUACAUCAUCCAUACCAACACCACCACCACCACCUCAGGAGAAACAGCAACACCACGCCCGAUUCACGCCCUACGAAGUGCAUACCACCCUUCGACGCGUCCACCGACGAACACGUGCAGCUUCCGACAUGUCGCGCCGCAUCGCACCACGCCUCUCCCACCUCUCCGCUACCACCGCCUCCACCAAGACGGCAGCCGUCACGCGUCCCUUUUCGAGCGUGCCAGCACAAUGGAGCAGCAAGGCACCUGCACUCAGCGACAUCGCCCCGGACACCGCCCAUGUCUUCAAUCAGAAACAACAGCACUUCCGCGAUAACCUGGCCGAAGCCCACCGCAAGCGAAAGGAACAAGAACGUGCGUCUCAACAGUCUGCUGCUGCUGCCCAGCUCGCUAAGUCUGAUUCCUCCUCUUCCUCUUCCCCUUCCCAUUCCCCUUCAUCCUCCUCCCCCAAGACUUCCACUUCCAAUGAUGCUGCUCACGGCCUCUCGGGCAAUGUUUCGCACUUCUUAGGCUCACUGAGUUCCGUUGCAGGUGAGGCCGCGCGCCAGCAAGACCCCGAUGGCAAGAAGAAGGGAACGGGCUUGUUGAGCCGUGUCAUUCACGGCACAGAGGAGGGACGCGAGAUGGAUCGGGAGAUUGAAAGGUCGUUCUCACAGGUCUUGGCAAGAGGAAAAUACGUGCACAGCAUUGUCUUUCACGAGGUGAAGCCGGACAAGGUGGAGGACUAUGUCCAGCUGGUGGGAAGCUGGUAUCCCAAGGUUGCCAAGGAUGGAGACAAUCAUGUCAAUCUGGUGGGCAGCUGGAGGACGGAGGUGGGCGACUGUGAUACUUUUGUCCAUAUCUGGGAGUACCAACGCUACGCUGGUUACCACAAGUCCAUUCACCGCAUCCAGAACCAGCCCGAGUUUGCUGAGUUCGACAAGAAGCUGAAGUCACUUAUCACAUCUAAGAAGACGUCGCUGAUGCAAGAAUUCCGUUUCUGGCCCACAUCACCACCUCGCCAGCUGGGCGGUGUCUUUGAGCUCCGAAGCUACACGCUCCACCCCGGCAACCUGUUGGAGUGGGAGACGCACUGGCAAAAGGGUCUGAGUGCGAGGAGAGAAGUCAUGGAGGGUGUAGGAGCUUGGUUCGUCCAAAUUGGCUCCCUCAACGAAGUCCACCACCUGUGGCAGUUUGCCGAUCUCGAGGAGCGCCGUGCACGUCGCGAGCAGAGCUGGAGUAUCCCCGGCUGGGGCGAGACGGUUCACAAGACAGUGCCGCUCAUCGAGAGCAUGAAGAGUCGUAUCAUGGUGCCAAUGCCGUGGUCGCCCAUUGCCUAAACGCUCGAUCCUGACGAGUCAAUAUCAUUUUCCACAUCACAAGGCCCGGCAGAGUAUGAAAAGCUAUGGGAACUGCCCGAGAUGGGCGAACAAGGGCGGCGCAACUUUGCGGAAGUUGCGCGGGCGCGCAGGCGUUAUGGGACCAUGAGCGAUAGCAUUCAGAUUGAGCAACAGCAUAGCACACGGCGAACUUGGCAAGGGACGAGUUCUAGCUUGUUCUGACUCUGUGCGAGAAGACCCCAACUUUGCUGUGACCUGUAGAAAUGACUAGACAUUCCUAUGCCACCUUUGAUUUAAC